AUGCGAAGACUGAGAAAGCGAAAGCAACGAGAUGCGAACAAGUUCCCGGCGGCGCAGUUGUUUUUGCUUGCCCUGGUACGAGUAGCAGAGCCGAUUGCUCUCACAUCCAUCUUUCCGUAUGCAUGGAAAUUAGUGCUCCAUUUCCAUGUUGGUCAGGAAAGCAAGGCGUCGUUCUAUGCGGGUCUGUUGAUCAGUGCUUUUGCAUUGGCGGAGAGCAUAACUGGAAUGUUCUGGGGCGGACUUUCAGAUCGAGUCGGCCGGAAACCUGUCCUGCUCAUGGGAUGCUUGGGCACUAUUGCGUCUCUUCUCGUGGUUGGCUUCUCCGGUUCAUUCUGGAUGGCUCUGGCAGGUCGAUUCCUGGGAGGUGCUCUCAACGGAAACAUCGGAGUUAUUCAGACUAUGGUUGCGGAGUUGGUGCAGAACCCAAAGCAUGAGCCCUACGCCAUCAUGCCCUUCGUCUGGUCCGUCGGCACAAUAGUUGGCCCUUCGAUCGGCGGACUUUUCGCCAUGCCCGUCAAGACUUGGCCAGAUGUUUUCUCCAAAGGCGGCGUCUUUGACAAGUUUCCAUACCUUCUGCCAAAUUUGAUCUGCGUCGGCCUGAUGCUCAUCUCUGUCGUGGCCGGCUACUUCUGCCUCGAAGAAACCCACCCAGACAUGCAACCCUGGAGCACGGCAUCUGACCUCGCACACACGCACGCCGAAACACCCAUCAUGCCCGCCCAAGCCGGCACCACCACAUCCGCAGCGAACCUCACCCAACCCGACAACGGCAGAUCCCGCACGCCUAGCGCACAUAGCGAGUCGUCCAGCUCCAACUCGGACAGAGUCUUCACCAAGAAGAUCAUCAUGCUCACCGUCGCGCUCGGGAUCUUCACUUACCACAGCAUGACCUACGACCACCUCCUCCCCAUCUUCUUCCAAGACGAGCGCGUCUCGCCCACCACUAUCCUCUCCAACGUUCCCACCGGCUCCCUCGCCGGCGGCCUCGGCCUCUCCACCCAACGCGUCGGCCUCAUCAUGUCCAUCAACGGACUCCUCGCCCUCCUCAUUCAAGCUCUCAUCUUCCCCCUCAUCGUCUCCUAUCUCGGCGUCUGGCGGACUUUUCUGGCCGUCACGCUCGGACACCCGGUGGCUUACACCAUCGUGCCAUUCCUCGUGUUCGUCCCCGAACGAUACCUCUACGUUGCCAUCUACGGCUGUCUCUUUAUCCGCAACCUCAUGGCUAUCCUCGCCUACCCUCUCCUCCUCAUCCUCAUCAAAGAAGCCGCGCCGAAGCCCAGUUCUCUCGGACGCAUCAAUGGUCUAGCGGCGAGUACAGGCGCAGCAUGCCGUACCCUCGCCUCCCCUAUCGCAGGCGCACUUUACGGUCUCGGGAUCGGAGUCGAGUGCACGGGUAUCGCCUGGUGGUGCAGCGCGCUCGUUGCGAUGGUCGGCGCGGCUCAGGUGUGGGAGGCUUUAUGGAUGGGCAUGGAGGCGGGAAGAGAGGGAGGAGAAAGAGCGUGGUGA